ACUUUCCACGUGUGUUUAGUUAGUAUCUAGUGUGUGGCCUUUUGCACGGAUAAAGGACCGCCGCAGAGCUCCCCCUGCUCCAGCAACCAAUGAUUUGAGGCAACAGCUGUUUUCCUAACAGCUGCUUAGCUUGGCAUCAUUUUCUCUGAGCAGCCAAAGGCUGGAAGAGCAGUUGUCUGGCUGAGCUGUGACUGUCGGCAGGCUGUGUGUGGGACCCCUUUUGGCAGUUGGAAUUAAAGGGUCCGAAGAUUCAAAGGACUUCAAGGGCUGCCACCAAUGUGAGAAAUCAGUGGGACUGUAGUGAGGUCAUCAGCUGCCUCCAGGAAGGACAGUGAGAUCUGAGAGCAUAUCUGCUUCCCACUGAAGAGUACCCACAGAACUCAACCUCUUGAAGAAAGCCCACCUUGGUCCAGACCUUCACCGACAGCCCAAUGGCAGUGGCAGCAGCUCUGACCGGACUCCAAGCAGAAGCUAAGUGCUCCAUCUGUCUGGAUUACCUGAGUGACCCCGUCACCAUCGAAUGUGGGCACAACUUCUGUCGUUCCUGCAUCCAACAGUCCUGGCUGGAUCUACAGGAAUUGUUCCCUUGCCCUGUCUGUCGUCACCAGUGUCAAGAGGGGCACUUCAGGAGCAACACCCAGCUGGGAAGGAUGAUUGAAAUUGCCAAGCUACUCCAGAGCACCAAGAGUAAUAAAAGGAAGCAGGAAGAGACAACCUUGUGCGAGAAACACAACCAGCCCCUGAGCGUUUUCUGCAAGGAGGACCUGAUGGUGUUGUGUCCCCUGUGCACUCAGCCCCCUGACCACCAGGGCCACCAUGUGAGGCCCAUAGAGAAAGCUGCCAUUCAUUACAGGAAAAGAUUCUGCAGUUACAUCCAGCCCCUGAAAAAGCAAUUGGCAGACCUCCAAAAAUUAAUAAGCACUCAAAGCAAAAAACCCUUAGAACUGAGAGAGAUGGUGGAAAACCAAAGGCAGGAAUUAUCCUCUGAAUUUGAGCACCUCAACCAGUUUUUAGACCGUGAGCAACAGGCAGUUCUCUCCAGAUUAGCUGAAGAAGAGAAGGACAAUCAACAGAAACUCAGUGCAAACAUAACAGCAUUUUCAAACUACAGUGCCACACUCAAAAGCCAGUUAAGUAAGGUAGUAGAGCUCAGUGAGCUGUCUGAACUGGAAUUGCUGUCACAAAUUAAAAUUUUCUACGAAUCUGAAAAUGAGAGUAGCCCAUCGAUCUUUUCAAUUCAUUUAAAGAGAGAUGGCUGCAGUUUUCCUCCCCAAUAUUCUGCUCUGCAGAGAAUUAUAAAGAAAUUUAAAGUAGAAAUAAUUCUAGACCCUGAAACAGCACACCCUAACCUGAUUGUAUCUGAAGAUAAAAAAUGUGUGAGAUUUACAAAGAGAAAACAAAAGGUUCCUGGUUUCCCAAAAAGAUUUACAGUCAAGCCAGUUGUUCUGGGUUUUCCGUAUUUUCAUUCUGGCAGGCAUUUCUGGGAGAUUGAAGUGGGGGAUAAGUCAGAAUGGGCUAUUGGCAUUUGCAAAGAUUCUCUUCCCACAAAGGCGAGGAGACCCUCAUCAGCCCAGCAGGAAUGUUGGAGAAUUGAGCUGCAAGAUGAUGGCUAUCAUGCACCAGGGGCUUUUCCAACCCCUCUGUUGUUAGAGGUGAAAGCCAGGGCCAUUGGCAUUUUCCUGGACUAUGAGAUGGGUGAGAUCUCAUUCUAUAACAUGGCUGAGAAAUCUCACAUCUGUACUUUCACUGACACUUUUACUGGGCCUCUUCGGCCUUAUUUCUAUGUAGGACCAAAUUCACAACCUCUCAGAAUCUGUACAGGGACAGUUUGUGAAUGA